AUGUCAGCAACUACUCAGUUUUUCUGCCGUCAACCAAAAUCCGUUGAUUUAAUACAAGAUUAUGAAGAAGUUUCUAGUUUUAGUAAACCAACUGGUGAAUGUCGUUGUGCCAUAUAUUCAUCAAAUGGAGAAUAUUUUGCUUAUACCCAACCCAAUAAAGUUAUUAUUAUAAAUACUACCGAUGGAUUAAUCGUGAGAGAAAUUGAAAUUGCCGAAACUUUUGAUUUACAUUUUAGUCCAAAUGGUAAAUUUUUAGCAUUAUGGACCAAACCAGUAUUAAUUAAUAAAGAAAGCGGUAUUUGGACCGAAAAUAUCAUUGUAUUCGAUAUUGUUAAUAACCAAAUCACUUCAAAAUGGUCAAAUAAACAUCAAAAUGGAUGGAAACCCCAAUUUACUCAAGAUGAAAAAAUUUUUGCUAAAAAUUUUAAUAAUAAAGAAAUUCAUUUUUUCAAAAUUGAUGAAGGUAUUGCUGAUUUAAAUAUUAAUAAACCAACUUAUAAAUUUAAAUUGAAUGAUGCUAAAUCCCAAUUUCAAAGUUUCCAAAUUAGUCCUGGUUUAAAUCCUUCAAUUGCUAUAUUUGUACCUGAACAAAAGGGUAAACCUGCUCAAGUCAUUAUUUAUAAUGUACCUAAUUUUAAUCAACCAUUAACCACCAAAACUUUUUUCAAAGCAGAAAGAUGUCAAUUAAAAUGGAAUUCUUUAGGUACUGCAUUACUCGCAUUAGCAUCAACUGAUCAUGAUACUUCAAAUAAAUCUUAUUACGGUGAAUCUAAUUUAUAUUUAUUAGGGAUUGCCGGUAGUUAUGAUUCCAGAAUUGAAUUAAAACGUGAUGGACCAAUCCACGAUAUUACCUGGAGUCCAAGUGCAAGAGAAUUUGCAGUAAUCUAUGGUUAUAUGCCUUCUGAAACCACCUUUUUCGACGCAAGAGGUAAUGCAAUUCAUUCUUUACCAACUCAACCUCGUAAUACUAUUUUAUAUAGUCCUCAUGCUAGAUUUGUUUUGGUUGCUGGGUUUGGUAAUUUACAAGGUACGGUUGAUGUUUAUGAUCGUCAAAAUAAAUUUACUAAAGUUGCAACUUUUGAAGCUUCAAAUACUUCAGUUUGUGAAUGGAGUCCUUGUGGUCGAUUUAUUUUAACCGCCACCACUUCGCCAAGAUUAAGAGUUGAUAAUGGUUUGAAAAUCUGGCAUGCUCUGGGUAAAUUAAUUUACUUAAAAAAUUAUCAAGAAUUAUAUUCGAUUAGCUGGAAACCUCAAGCAAUUGAAAAAUUCCCGGCAUUAAAAGAAUUAGAAGCUGCUCCCGAAGCUCAUGAAUCGGCCAAAGAAUAUCUUAAUGCAAAACAAUUGGCCCAAGCAAAUGCUGCUAAAAAACCUGCUGGUGCUUACCGUCCACCUCAUGCUCGUAAUUCUGGACGUUCUUCAAUCGCCACCACAUUAUAUGAAAAGGAAAAAUUAGCAAAUGGAUCCUCCCAACAAUCUCAACAAGGAACUGGAGUCGUUGGCGCCACCGGAAGACAAAAAAUCAUUCCUGGAGUGGCUCCAGCUACUAACAAAGAAAGUAAGAGUGCCAGUAAAAAUAGAAGAAAAAGAGAAGCUAAAAAGAAUGAACUGACUUCACCAGCCGAAUCUCCAGUACCAACCCCAGCCGCCCCAGCCGCCCCAGCUACCACUACUACUACUUCCACCACCACUCCUGAAGUUGGUAGUGUUGUUGGAGGGGUUAGUUCACUCGAAGAGAAAAAAAUUAGAUCGUUAUUGAAAAAAUUAAGAGCUAUUGAAUCAUUAAAAAUGAAACAAGCCAACGGAGAACCAUUGGAAGAUACUCAAGUCAAUAAAAUCCAAAAGGAAGACGAAAUUAGAAAAGAAUUAACUUCAUUAGGAUGGAGUGAUUAAAUAAACGUAAUUAGAUGAAUCAAG